GCGCGUGGGUUCGCUUGGGUUUCACAAUUAUAACAACUUUACCUUCGCGGCCGAAAGGCAUUUUAUUGUCAAAUAACCACAUCGUGGAUGUUUUACCCAGUUAUUUGCAUUCAACCAUUGGCAUAGUUUUACUUUGGGAUGAAAAAUGUGACGUUCGAGGAGCUACCCGGAGAGCGCUUCUGUCCCCCCCGAAAGGAUUUACUCUAUCGAAUCGCAUCUUAUCAUCCUGGGAAAAAGUUUUUGAUCAUUCUGUUUUCUUCAGUUUCCUUCCUUUGAUUUGGCGGAGCAAACCGUUUGUCACAGCGUCGCGAUUUUCCAUGCAAUCGUGCGGUGUGUCUCUUGCCGUUGCUGCCUGCGCUGCUGCUCGGAGUCUCGGCUCGGCUUCUUCUAGUGGUGAUGAGGGAAAGAAAAUGGCGGCGGGAAAAGCGAGUGAAACAGAGGAGGACUUUCCGACACUGACAGCCCAGGAGAGGGACAGCUUGGCCGGGAUCGACAGCUCACUGUUUGGAUUUCUGAAGCUUCAUGAAGAUGGCGCCAGAACGAAGGCCCUGUUAAUGAAGGCUGUUCGCUGCUACGAUUCGCUCAUCCUUAAGGCCGAAGGCAAAGUAGAACCCGAGUUAUUCUGCCAGCUCGGCCAUUUCAACCUCCUCUUGGAGGAUUAUCCGAAAGCAUUAUCAGCAUACCAGAGGUACUACAGUUUACAGUCAGACUACUGGAAGAAUGCUGCCUUUCUGUAUGGCCUCGGAAUGGUUUACUUCCACUAUAAUGCCUUUCAGUGGGCGAUCAAAGCAUUCCAGGAAGUGCUGUACAUUGACCCAGGGUUCUCCCGGGCCAAGGAGAUCCACCUACGUCUGGGUCUGAUGUUCAAAGUCAACACAGACUACGAGUCAAGCCUAAAGCAUUUUCAGCUGGCUUUAAUUGACUCCAACCCCUGCACUUUGUCCAAAGCUGAAAUUCAGUUCCACAUUGCUCAUUUGUAUGAGAUUCAGAAGAGAUACCGGGCUUCCAAGGAGGCUUAUGAGAGCCUUCUGCAGACGGAGGAUCUCCCUGCACAGGUGAAGGCCACCACCCUGCAGCAGCUAGGCUGGAUGCAUCACACGGUGGAGCAGCUCGGGGACAGAUCCAGCAGGGACAGCUAUGCCAUCCAGUGUCUGCAGAAAUCCUUGGAAGCUGACCCCAACUCUGGACAGUCCUGGUACUUCCUUGGCAGGUGCUAUUCAAGUAUUGGGAAGGUCCAGGAUGCCUUCAUCUCCUAUCGGCAAUCAAUAGACAAAUCAGAGGCCAGUGCGGAUACUUGGUGCUCUAUAGGGGUGUUGUACCAGCAGCAGAACCAGCCUAUGGACGCCCUGCAGGCCUACAUCUGUGCCGUGCAGCUGGACCACAGCCACGCCGCGGCCUGGAUGGACCUGGGCACGCUGUACGAGUCCUGCAACCAGCCGCACGAUGCCAUCAAGUGCUACAUCAACGCCACACGCAGCAAAGGCUGCACCAACACCGCUGCGCUAACCCACCGCAUCAAAUGUCUGCAGGCUCAGUUGAGUAACCAUCAGCUCAGUAGCCUACAGGGUAAAAGUAAAAUGCUCCCUCUUAUUGAGGAGGCAUGGAGUCUGCCAAUCCCAGCCGAGCUAACCUCCAGGCAGGGAGGCCUGAGCAGUGCACCACAGCAGGCUUGUAAGCCCAAUCACAGCGCAGAGGGUGGGGGUUCGGGUCAGUCUCUGCCCCCUCAUGUGGCCUCGCUGGGCCAAGCAGAGGAUCCGUCCUGCCCAGCCAAGAGGAAGAGAGCCUCCAGCCCUGCCAAGAGUGACUCAUGGACCAGUAAUCCAGCACAGCAGCCAGCACCCAACUGGUACCUGUCCCCACAGAAAUUACAGGUGCUGGAACAGCUGCGGAGUAACCGAGCCAACCUGAAGCCCCCACAGCUUCAGAUGUUGGAGCAGCUGGAGGCUCAGCUCGUCAUGAUGCAGCAGAUGAGGCAGAAUGCAUCAGGGGGGCGGGUGCGCCCCUCUCUUCCCAAUGGCCCCGCCACCAACUUCCUCCCCUCCCCUAACCCCAGCCUACACCCUAUUCGGCCACACCUGGGGCCCCACCGGCCCCUUUGCCCACCUCAGCCGCUGGCCAACGGGCCCGUGGCCCUCGGGGCACACGGACACUCGGACUCUGUGGGAAACAGUAGUAACGGUAGUACUAACAGUAGUUGUAAUAAUCAGCAAGGGCCCACAGCCACAGGACCCAACGGAGACGUGCCUUACCCGCAAGCUGCCGGCAGCGGCAACGCAGCACUGCUACCUCACACCUGCACAAGCACGCAAACACAGGACGCUGCGCCGCACCAGGCCCUGCACCUAAACUCCUCUCAGGGGCUUCAGAAGGGGUGUGUCCCACAUGAGACAGGCUCAAGUAAUGAGGGGACCCCCUCUCACCCCCAGACCCCCAACUCCACUACCCCCACUCACCCCAACAAUCAGGUUGGACAUUCCACUAAUGCCCCAUCGCCACGGCAGCAGCCUCAUAACCACCUCCCCUCCCCUCCCUCCCUCCCCCACUCCUCUACCUCAGGUGGUGCAGGACUUGGCACGUCCGCUACCAAAGACGGCAACACCGCAGCCACUGUUGUCACCGCCGCAUCCCUCGGAAAUGGGGGCUCAGAGUGCAAGACGCCACUGCCGCCGCCAUCUGCUGACGGCAAAGUGGCCGAGGCGGACAGCCUAGCCAAUCACGUCCACUCGGCGGAUGGCGGCAAGGUGGCAGAAGGUGGCGAUAAGCCGAGCCUUAGCGCAGACAAUCCCAGGCUAUCUGCCCUGCUGGCGGGGGGGAAGGGCCCGGAGGAGAGCGAGCAGCCAUCAGAAGGGAGCGAAUCCACGGGGUUGGAUACCCACAAGAAAAUCAACAACAUCCACCCAGCCGCUCUGCCCUCCACUCCCCACGCACAGGGUAGCUCAGCCGCCUCCUCCCCCAUUUCUGCCAUAUCCACCGCCACACCGUCACCAAAAUCCUCAGAACACAUACAAACAGGCGCCCACAGUCCUGCCAUGACCACGCCCACUGCACCCACGGUCAAUGGAAAUGGCAAAGGAGGCAUCUCUGAGGACUCCCAAAGCCCAAUGAAGGCUGAUCCACCCACCACCACCAUCACCACCUGUCUCAAAGCAACAUCUCCACACGGACACGGCUCCUCCUCAUCAACAUCAUCAUCAUCCUCAAUAUCCAUCUACCCCAGCUCCACAGACGUGCUGAAGGCCUGCAGAAACUUGGGGAAGAACGGGCUUUCCAAUAGCAGUAUCCUCCUUGAUAAGUGCCCCCCACCCCGGCUCCCUCCGCCACCCUCACCCGUCCUGCCCAAAGACAAGCUCAACCCCCCCACACCCAGCAUCUAUCUGGAAAACAAGAGGGAUGCUUUUUUCCCCCCACUGCACCAGUUCUGCACAAACCCCUCCAACCCUGUCACUGUCAUCAGAGGCCUGGCUGGAGCUCUCAAACUGGACCUGGGUCUGUUCUCCACAAAGACAUUAGUAGAGGCCAACCCGGAGCACCUGGUGGAGGUCUGGACGCAGCUCUCGCAGCCUGCGGAUGAGAACUGGGACCCGACCGGCACAAAGAAAAUGUGGCGCUGCGAAAGCGCCCGUUCCCACACCACCAUCGCCAAAUACGCCCAAUACCAAGCCGCUUCCUUCCAGGAGUCCUUGAGGGAAGAGAAUGAAAAGAAGGCACUUAAGGAGCCCUCCGACACAGAGCCAGCGUCUGCUGAGAGAGCUGCAAGCAAAAGAAGGGGACCCUUGAAACACAUCAAGUUUGGAACCAACAUCGAUGUAUCAGAUGAAAGGAAGUGGAAGCAGCAGCUGCAGGAGCUCAGCAAACUGCCAGCCUUCGCUCGCGUCGUAUCGGCCGGCAACCUGCUCAGCCACGUCGGUCACACCAUCCUGGGCAUGAACACAGUCCAGCUGUACAUGAAGGUUCCUGGGAGCAGGAUACCGGGUCACCAGGAGCACAAUAACUUCUGCGCCGUCAACAUCAACAUCGGACCUGGAGACUGUGAAUGGUUUGCGGUGCCCGAGCCGUACUGGGGGGUGAUGAGCAACUUCUGCGAAAAGAAUAACAUCAAUUUCCUGAUGGGGUCAUGGUGGCCCAACCUGGAAGAUCUGUACGAGGCUGAUGUUCCCGUUUAUCGGUUCAUCCAGCGUCCAGGUGACUUAGUGUGGCUGAACACGGGCACCAUCCACUGGGUGCAGGCUAUCGGCUGGUGCAACAACAUCGCCUGGAAUGUAGGACCUCUUACCGCCCACCAGUACAAGCUAGCUGUGGAGCGUUAUGAGUGGAACAAACUUCAGAGCGUCAAGUCCAUGGUUCCCAUGGUGCACCUCUCCUGGAACAUGGCACGCAACAUCAAAGUGUCCGAUCACAAGCUGUUUGAGAUGAUCAAGUACUGCCUCCUGAGGACGUUAAAGCAGUGCCAGAGGGUGAAGGAAGCCUUGGUGUCGGCUGGCAAGGAGACCAUCCUGAGGCCGAGGACAAGGGACGAACCGGCCCACUACUGCACCAUCUGUGAGGUGGAAGUGUUCAACCUGCUGUUUGUGCGUCGUGAGCUCCUGUCCAAGAAGCAGUAUGUGGUCCACUGCCAGGACUGUGCCAGGAAAGGCAGCGCCACGCUGGAUGACUUUGUGGUGCUGGAACAGUACAGGAUAGACGACCUCAUGCAGGUCUAUGACCAGUUCACAUUAGCCCCUCCUCUUCAUUCAUCUUCAUCUUGACAUUAGGCGACUCCUCUGUCAUCUGCUCUGGAGCCAUGAAGCCCAUUCACAGGAGCUUGUGUUAAGUUUUUGAAACAAAAAAAUAAACAAGUAAACACGGACAUACACGGACCAUUUCUGAUAUUCAGGAAAGCCAAGGCCCUCUACCCUCCUCCCCACCCUCAACACCGCUCCCCCCUCACUCAUGGCUGGUCUCCAUAGCGAUGGCCGGAGGCUGAGGAGGCUGAGUGCAUCUGUCUAUGCAACCCCGUUUUGAAGCGCUGGGGCCUUCCAGAAGGGGGCGCCACACCCGGCCUGAUAACGGGACUAGUUUCUCUCUUCCCUCCCAGCCCUCCUUUCCCCCACCUCUACAGACAAUUGUUCAGCCCUGUUUUUUAAUGGAGGACUUAAUCACUUACAGUUGGGUACAGGGAGGGAUUGGGGGUUAGGACCGGGAUUCUUUAAGCGUGAUAAAAAAUAUUUUGUAGAUACUUGUUAACUGUCACAACUGGCAACACCACCCCGUAAAAGACUACUGAGUUGACGACCCCUCCUUCUGUCUCCCCUCUUUUUGUUUUCUUCUUCUUCUUCUUUUCUAUUCUGGUAACAGGAUGAAAUGUUGGUUUGUUUUAUGGAACUCUCCCAGAUUUAUUGUUUUUUUCCUUCUAAGGAGCACUAGACUAACUGUUCCUUUUCUAUAGUAGUCCUUUUAAAACUCUUUGGAAAACAAAAUCUCCCAAAAAAUCCACAAAAAAACAUGUAAUGUGAAGAGUUUAGGUGAUUUUUUUUUUAUGAUUUUUAUGUUCUCUUUGUGUUCUUUUCAAAACUGUUUUUGUUCUUUUUUAGGUAAAAAAAAAAAGGAAAAAAUAUGAAAAAAAUUUAGUAGCCAAGUCACAAAGAAAAUGGGUUGCACAUAGACUUAUGGAAUUAAGUUUAAUUUGUGAUUUUUUUUUUCUUUUAUGUUUCUAAUCUUGAUGUAAAUUUACACUAUUUAUAAAUACAUAUUUAUUGCUUGAAAAUAUUUGUUGAUGGAAUGCUGUUAUUUUUUCCAGAGUACCUGCCAUUAAAUUUGAAGGAGUUUUGUCAUUUUAACACGACUCCUCCUACAUUUUCUAUAUAUAAAUAAAAUUGCUUAGCAAGCAUUGUACAGAAACGGACAUUUAAAAUUGUUUUAUUGUUUGAAGAAUGUUUUAUGAGUCAAUAAACACAAAGUUGUCAAAUUA